AUGAACGCCCUUGAUGACCUGAAGCACAAUAUCACCGAGGAGAAGGUCGAGCGUGAAAAGCCAUCCAAUGGCGUGAUCUCGCGAGGCCCAUCACCAAAUCGAGGUGCAUCGGUUCCAGACACCAAAGCCAUUCCAGAUCAAGCAUCCAAAAGCGAAUGGCAGAAGAAGCGAGGGAUCGAUCCCUCGCUACAGGUUCGCAUCGUCAAGCUCAGUCACAUGCGGUAUCAGCAUCCCGAUCUGAAUAAGAUCACCACUUUCUUGAGAGAUUUCGGCAUGCACGUUACAAAAAAGGGCGAAACCGAGCGAUGGUACCGUGGCUACGGUCCGGACCAGUACGUCUACUACGCCAAACAAGGACCUAAGAAAUUCCUCGGAGGAACAUUCGAAGUCGAAUCGAAAGCUGAGCUCGAGAAAGUCCUCAAGAUUCCAGGCGCCAAGCCGCUGACCAACGGCAUCGAAGAAAUGACCGAUGCGCCAGGCGGUGGGUAUAUCGUGUCGAUCGAGGACCCUCAGGGGUUUCCUGUCAAUUUCAUCACCGGCCAGGCUGAGGUCAAGGAGCAGAGGAAGGUUCCGGAGAAGUUGGUGGUGAAUUUCGAAGUGGACAAGCCCCGGGCAAAGAGUUUCCAGCGCUUCGAGCCUGGCCCGGCGGAGGUGCACAAGCUCGGCCACUUCGGCCUCAACGUGGAAGACUUCCCGGCCGCGAUGGACUGGUACACACGGCACUUCAACAUCGUGCCCAGCGACAUCCUGUACGUGCCGCUUGAGCACAUCGACCCAGAGACAAACGCGCCCGCACGCAAGGAAGUUGCACUGUUCGCACACAUCGACCGCGGGCAAGACCUCGUCGACCACCACACGAUGUUCCUGACGACCCUAACGCCGGGGCUCGAGAAACACGUGCACCACUGCUCGUUCGAGGUCCACGACUUCGACACUCAGGCGCUCGGCCACCAGUGGCUGGAAGAGAAAAAGUACGAGCCCGUCUGGGGUGUCGGCCGCCACAUCCUUGGCUCCCAGAUCUUCGACUACUGGUGGGAUAUCAACGGCUUCAUGGUCGAACACUACGCCGAUGGUGACCUCGUCAACAAGGACACCCCCAUGGGCUACGGCCCCGCUGGCCACGAGGGUCUCGCUGUCUGGGGCCCUGAGGUCCCGAAGGAAUUCUUGGAAUGA